AUGGUUGAGCUGGAGGAACGAGAAGGAGCUGACUUUGGUGCUCAGUACCUCUUCGCGGCGUCCUCCACCGAGCGGCUGCACUCGGAGGAUGAAGUGGAAGAUGGAGCUCAGCUCUUUCUGUCCAGUUUGGAGGACGAGCGGUUGCUGGCAUUGCUUCCAGACCCUGUGCGAAUGCUUGUGAACCCGGUCACUCUGGUAGACGUCGUCCUGGAUUUGGACCGGCCGCCCGUAGUCCACGAGCGAAGCCUGCAGGGCAAGCUCAGCAGAAGGAUCCUCCAUAGCUGCCCCAUCUUGAGACAGCAAGACUUGGACUCCGUUUACAGACACGAGCUGCUGUCUGGACGAUGGACACCGGACGACCGCUCUGGCAUCUCGGGAACUCUGCACCGGGUGUCGCGCUUGCUUGACCCCUACGACGGGGGCAGCUUGAUAGGUUUGACUCUGCGCAUGGCACAUCCGAUCUACGGCUUGACUCGUGCGGCACCACAGCUACAGAGAGUGAUCGAGGCUGGGCGAUCACUUCUCGUUCUUGGUCCUCCCGGCUGCGGAAAGACCACGCUCUUGCGUGAGAUUGCUCGGGUGUUGGAUGCCGAACUGAACCGCCGGGUGUUUCUGGUAGAUACAUCCAGCGAGAUUUGUGGGUUCGGCAGAAGCGCUCAUCUGGCCGUUGGCGGAACGACUCGGAGGAUGCAGGUGGCCAACCGCAAGGAACAGCACGAAGACAUGCUCAAGGCUGUUCAGAAUCACACCCCAGAAGUCCUGGUCAUCGACGAGAUCGGAAGCCAAGAAGAGGUAAAUGCUGCCGGUCUUAUUGGCUUCAAGGGAGUCUCAUUGGUGGCCACGGCGCACGCGAACAGCUUGCAGGAAGCCAUGAAGAACCCAGGCUUGCAGCCCCUCUUCGGAGGACUCGAGAAAAGCACCGUCUCCGACCAAACAGCUCAACGCUCCGGCGGCCGCAAAUUCGUGGAGCAGCGUCGGACAGAGCCUGUGUUUCAGAGUCUCGUGGAGGUGGGACCGGAGACUUGGGUCGUCCACGAGGUGCUGGCGGACUCCGUGGACCAGAUUCUGGCGAAGCAACCACCGAGGACAUCAUGGGUGCAAGCACCGUGCAGCCCGGUCCCCGUCGUGGAGCAGCGCUCAGGAGUCCGACUGAGCCGGCAAGCUCAGCCAAACGAUGCCGGAGCUCGGCCGGCAGUGGCUUCCACAGCUCCUCGCCGCAGCCUCACCACCGAGGAGAUCGAAGCAAGGCGAUCAAGACGGGAGCGCGAAGUCUCAGGCAGAGCCUACCGCCUCCGCUUCGACGGCGGCGUGGAUGGCGGCGACAAUGGCCCUGGCGGUGCAGGCGCUAUUCUGGAGCGCCUGCGCCCGGUCACCGGCCGUGCAGAACGGAGGUCUGCGAAGAAGUGGAUGCUCUACGUUCCAAAGUCUUGUCCGGAACUCAUGGAAUAUGCCGGGCUCUUCAUCGGCCUCUGCGGAGUAAAAGAGGUGUUGGAGGACCUCGAGCCACAAGCGGACGUUCUCUUUGUAGAAGGCGACUGCAAGUUCGUGGUUGACCGCCACUGUGUCGGAGCAGGCUUAGAUGCCCGGGGAGCGGAUGGCUUGCAUGAGGAGCAUCCUGCAGUGGCGGAGAAACUCGAGCAGCUAGCUUGCCGAGUUGAUGAGGUGCUACACGCCCUCCGAAGACAACUACUGGUUGAAGUGAGAUGGCGCAGGAGAGCUCGCAACAAAGCCGCCGACAAGCUGACGCACGAAGCGCGGAUGCACAAACAAAGUACAACGGUGGUGAAUGAUGAGAUGGCGGUACUGCUGCGUCCGUUCGACACCGAGCUCGUUCCCACUUUGUGGCACAUCGAUGCAGCACAUCCCAUGCUGUGUGCGACAGAGGGCCACCAUGUCCGGCAUCCGCGACAGAAGUUUGGGUGGGUGGGCCUUCAGUUGAAACAUGCGUCUGCGGACGGGUCCUGCAGCUUAGCAGUGAGACUGGAAGGCCACUGGCAGAGUCGAGAUUCUUUCCUGUUGGGCCUGGUACCACGGCCCCAAAACCAGGUCGACUUUAGCAGGGCUGGGAACUUCUUGGCCCAGGAUGUCGGAUUCUGGUUCAGCCCAAGGUCAGGCACCGUCUGCGGCAGUUAUACCAGCAAAGAUGGCACUGUGCGCCGGGCUGCAUUCAUUCUUCCAUCCUUGAGAGUGGCCUCCGACCUUCGAGCAGGAUCGCGAAGUCGCAUUGGGUUGAGAGACGUUGAACGAAACUGGCUCAGCAGCAGUGCUCGCUGGGCAAUGACGCUGCGAAGAGGACGUCUCGAAUUCUGGUUUGCGCGGGGAGAUAACGGUCUCGAGUCGUUGGGGCACGUGUGCUGGCCCUGGGGGGACACCUUGCCGGAAGGCCAGUACUCUGCAGCCGUGCUGUUCAAGCCGCGCAAAACUUUGCGGUAUCCGGCUUUGCGGGAUGGGGGUGCAAGACACCUUGUAGCUGCACCUUCUCACAACGCGGGAAAGGUAAAGGGUAAGGGCAAGGGACACGGUAAAUCACCUCCCAAACGACCAUGCACAGUGAGUGCCAGCCUGGUUCUGCUGGGGCACUUUGAGGGUGCGUUCGCUUCUCCUGGCUGGCAAGACUUGCCCGCGAAUCCCAAGCCUGAUCUGGUGGAUCCCACAAUGGGUGCAGUGCUGAACCAUCUUCGCACGUGCUGCUCAAAGCCCGACUCACCAACAGAAGGCCAGCUGAGAUACCUCGCAGAUUGCAUUGUGGCAAGAUCAGAGUUUCGUGGCGAUCCUCUGUUCUCGGAUGCCAGGAACUUUUUGAGUGCUCCGAAUGCCGUGGCGAGAUUGGUGGAGUGGACGCGGCCCGGCACUUUACCCAACAGCCCCUUCCAGACUGAAAGAUCCAGUCCUGGCAUUCGCAUGGAUGGCCGACUUCUGUAUCACCCUCAGCAGGAUAACGGAGUGGAGUUUGUGCAGUUUGCCGACAGGCAAAUGCUGCUUGGAGUGCGUUGCCAUGGGAACUGGGAGAGGCGUGACGGCUUCCUGCUUGGCGUGACCCCAGCCGAUUGCGAUUUCGAAGGGUCGUCGUGGCUUUCCAAUCUUGGUUAUUUCUUCUCGCCCCGCAGCCGGAGCAUUAUCGGACGAAGCGGUGUCAACUUUUCGUGGCCAGACACAUUGCAUGGUGUUUGGCUGAAGCAGCUGCAAGAGAACGGCUACCAACAUGGAGAUUCCAGUCGAGUAGAAGGGGGUCUUCGUCUCGUGCACGGGGCUGGAGAUGAAGCAGCAGCGUGGGGCCUGCGCUUCUCGGAAGCAGGAAGGCUGGAGGUGUUUUACAAGCCCUGCAAGUGGUACCAACAGCAGCACCAGCCGCACUUAGAGAGCAACAUGUGGCUGAAGCUUGGAGAAUUGCCGUGGGAUCCGUGGGUCAACUUUUCUGGGCACGACUGGCGUUUGACUAUCGUCUUCAAGCCUCGUCAUGGAAGCAAGUGCACUGCAAACCUUUCCCCAAAAGGCGGUAGGGGGGGAAAGAGCAGAGGCCGAGGAGGCAAACGAGGGAAAAUUCCGAACCGACUCCAGGACCCCCCUUACUUGGAAAUCCUCGAGACAUGCGAUGAUCAUCUUCUUGGAUGUCCGGCAUUUAUUGGUGGAAGGUGUCAGUGGAAGGGGAAGGGACCGCCGCUUUUCCUGGCAGACUUUAUAGAAAAGCUGGAAUGUUGGGAAGAGGAAUUCUUUUACAGGCGCUUGGCACAUCCCAAUGGAGGCGGCUGA